AAUCUUGGUUUGCUUUUUAAGUGAUAAACCCAAAUUAAUUUAUUCGUCAUAGAGAUGUUGGAUAUUUUUAUGAAAAAGUUCUCCUUUUCAAUCUUAUUUGCUUUUGGACAGUUAUUCCUUUUUGCAGGAGGGUCAUGCACAUUUCCCAGUUACUUGGUUGGAGAGUGGACAAGUGCAGAAAGGGGCAGUCUUACCAUCACAACAAAUUCCAUUUAUAACUACAAAGUUUUCAUUCCAUCAGCGGACCCGAAUAAUCCGACGAUUGAAUAUUAUAAUUUUACGUGUCUCACUCAAGUCAACACAAAUCGCUUUACAAUCAAAUCAGUUAACUUCAAUGUCAUAUUUGGAACCAAUGUCUUCUUUUAUGUCUGCCUUGAUUUCUACAAUGUGAAUGACCAAUUAAACUACUACUACUAUGCCACAGCCAUAGAUAACUUGAUACGUGAGAAUAUGGUGGGUAUUGCUGAGGAUAGGUCUAAUGCUCAGGAGAGUAUCUGUACUAGGAGCUACAUAGAUCCUGUCAACUUCAUUACGUUACUACGGAAAGAUGCAGUAGAAAGUAAUGCCAUCCAGACUCUAUGUCCUGACAUCUUACAAAUGGUUUAUAAUAACAUCACAUUUAUAAGUAACUCGGGUACUUCAGACAACUGUGCUGCAGCACAACUCGAUGGCUGCACAAACAAAACUAUGCUCAACUUUACACAAGAUGGAUGCACUCAGACAACACUCUCAGAUGGCGGUGUUUACACGUGUAUCUAUUCGAAAACAGUGAGCGGACAGUUAUAUUUUUCUGCCUGGAAUAAUGAUGAGACCAUUUCGUCGACAACUUACAGAUUUUCCUGCUUUAAAGUGACAAACUACCUGAAUGGCACAGUGUUGCUGGAGGAGAAUCCAAACUUUUGUGGAAAUUCAGUAAACUUUACGGAGUAUCCCUCUGCUAGCGCUUCUGUGGAGAUCAAAGGCAUCAUAGAUUCCUGUCAAACUGUGCUACCAACAACAACUGAAGCCCCUUUCGUUGCCGACCUAAACUACCUCUUCAUACUUUUGGGACUGUUUAUGAUUGUCGUAAUUAUUCUAUCUGUAAUGUUAAUCAAACGCCUAAAACUUUAUGUGAAGAAGAGAAAUGAGGAAAAGGCAUUCGAUGUAAGAAAAGGAGAAAAAGUAAGACCAGAACAUUUCAACCCCAAAAGAGCAAUCGUCAACAAAUCCAAACCUGUCAACUAUUUUAAACCUAAACGACCUAUCCAAAUCGUACCUUUAUUCAAAUCUGAAUUUAGUAUCGAAAAUCUACCCAUCCAUCCGCCUCCAAAGAUAGCCUGCAUUUACACGGAUUCAAUCGUGGAUUACAUGAGAGGGAGAAUACGGAGACCAGAUGGUCUUAGUCUCUAUAGCUUUGAUUCCGCCAUCUUCAGAGCCACAAGUCCACUAUCGACCAUUUCUGUUAUCAGUAGAGACACGCUUGAUGAAGAGGAUGAUGAUGAUGAAGUUUCUUUCGGGUCGGCAUCUUGUUAAUGCAGUUAGAUAUUGAAAUAUACUGAAACAUAGAUUAAUAACUUUUUUUCUGAAAGUUGUAGA